GGGUCACAGGUCAUUCCUUUUUUCCAUCAUGGCCGCCUCCAUGUGCGACGUGUUCGCCUUUUGUGUGGAGCCGAUGCCGGCCCGGCGGGCGGUGGAGAUCCGCUUCAUCAACAGCGGCAAGGGACGGGGUCUGUUUGCCGCCCGGAGUAUCCGGAAGGGGGACACGAUAUUUCAGGAGAAGCCGCUGGUGUCGGCCCAGUUCCAGUGGAACGCGCUGUACAGAUACCGAGCCUGCGACCACUGUCUGCGAUCUCUGGAGACGGCGGAGGAGAACGCCCAGAGACUGUCCGCCAAUGUCCACGUCACGCUCCCCUACCCAGAGCUCUGCAGCGUCCAGAAUGGGCUCCACCAGCAGUGCCCUCAGUGCCAGGUAUCAUACUGCAGCGCCGAGUGUCUCCGAGCUGCCAGAGAACAAUACCACCAGGUCCUGUGUCUGGGGUCCUCCCGGGACAACCCCCAACAUCCACUCAAUAAACUGGAGGAUGCAUGGAGGAACAUCCAUUACCCCCCGGAGACGGCCAGCAUCAUGCUUAUGGCCAGGAUGGUGGCUUCUGUCAAGCAGGCCAAGGACAAGGACUGGUGGCCGCAGCUCUUCUCCCAGUUCUGUAGCAAAACGGCCAACGAGGAAGAGGAGAUCGUCCACAAGCUGCUGGGAGACAAGUUUAAGGGACAGCUGGAUCACCUGCGUCGCCUCUUCAUGGAGGCCUUGUAUGAGGAGCGAGUCAGCCGGUGGUUUACUCCGGACGGCUUCCGCUCCCUUUUCGCUCUCGUUGGAACCAAUGGGCAGGGAAUCGGCACCAGCUCGCUGAGUCAGUGGGUUCAUGCGUGCGACGCCCUGGAACUGCCAACAGAGGAGAGAGAGCGGCUGGACGCCCUGAUAGACCAGCUGUACAAGGACAUAGAGAAAGAGACCGGGGAGUUCCUGAACUGUGAAGGCUCGGGGCUGUACAUGCUGCAGAGCUGCUGUAAUCACAGCUGUGUCCCCAACGCCGAGGCAUCAUUCCCUGACAACAACUAUCUGCUGCACCUGACUGCACUGGAGGACAUCCAGCCCGGGGAGGAGAUCUGCAUUAGUUAUCUGGACUGCUGCCAGAGAGAGCGGAGCCGACAUAGCCGACACAAGGCCCUCAGGGAGAACUAUCUGUUUGUCUGCUCCUGUCCCAAGUGCCUAUCGCAGUCUGAGGACCCGGACGUGACCUCCGAGGAAGAGGAUGAGGAAGACGCGGAGCUGGAGGAUGAGAUGACGGAUGUGUGACACAGACCGCCUCCCACCAAACCCCACAAUCCAGCACUUGAAUUGGCUUUGCCUGUUACCGCUAUUCACAUCUUUCCACUAAACUUUUAUACAUAAACUCUCCCCGACACAGACCCCCCCCGAGUACGGGGGAGGGGCAGGUGCUGCAUGGGCUCCUCCCCCAACAAACAUCCACAUUCAUACUGGUCAAUUGUGAUAAGCAUUUUAUAGGAUUGGCAGACAAAAUACUAAAUUAUUUCUAUACAGUUCUCCGGCAA